AUGCCAAUCUUCGGGAUCUGUCUGUUCACAUGGGCGGUGACUGCUUCGCACGGAUUUGGCCCUUUACUCCGAAUACCGAAUAAGAUCGAGGAUGGAAUGUCUCUGGGCUAUGCCUUUUGCUACGCCAUCACGACCGCCAUUUCCGCCAGUUCAACCUUUGCUAUCAACAUCCCUGACCUGACGCGCUACGCCCGUAAUCCGCGGACUGCCACCAUUGCUCAAGCCAUCUGUCUCCCAGUAUGCAUGACGCUCAUCUACUUCCUCGGCGUCGUCAUGGCAGCCUCGUCGCAAGUCAUAUAUGGCCAAAUCCAGUGGAACCCGCUCACGAUCGUUCUCAUGUGGGAUAAUCGGGCUGCAAAAUUCUUCGUCGGUCUUCUCUUCGCCUUCGCCAUGAUUGGGACGAACGUGGCUGGGAACUCAGUCCCUUUCGCCAACGACACCAUGGCGCUUUUCCCGAAAUACAUGAACCUGAGACGCGGGCAAUUUCUCUGUGCAAUCCUCGGCUUCGCCAUCUGCCCUUGGAAAAUCGAGGCGAGCGCUCAGAGCUUCUUGGCGUUCCUCAACGGAUACUCGGCACCGUUUCUUGGGCCUGUCGCUGGCGUCCUCCUAUCCGACUUCUUUCUAGUCAGAAGGUCCGGUGAAUUGAAUGUCUACCAGCUUUACAAACCAUCCGGCCUCUACUGGUACACAGCAGGCAUCAAUGUGCGAGCGGUGGCAGCAUUCACUGUCGGUAUGGUACCACAACUUCCCGGUCUCGCCUACCAAAUCAAUCCCAUGAUCAAAGGAGUAUCACGCAACUACGUGGAUUUCACCUCCUUGGGCUGGCUCGAGGGACUUCUCUUCUCUGGGUUCGCUUAUCAUAUCUUAUGCCUAUCGUUCCCUUUCCCGACACGAACGGAUGAAGAAGACAAAGCAGCUUGGGCAAUCGUGGGUCACGAUGGAACAAGGCCGUCGACGUCGAGUACACCACCGCAAGACGAGGUUGAGAAGGCCGUUCCACUUCAAGAUGCGAUUUCUGCGCCCGAGUCCUCAAGUGGCAAUUCUUAG